AUCAUAUACGUAAUGCAGAAAUAUUGUGCAAUACUCUAUGUUGCAAGUUUGUUCCAAAACAAAAUCAAAUAUCAGCAAUAAGAUAGGUAGGUGUAGGUACCUUACAUCAAGUUACAAAAUGAAAUAUUAUUUUCUCGUCACUUUUUUCAUCUCUAUUAACGGUAACGAGUACUUCGUUUCUGUGAAAAAAUUACAAGAAAUAGCGAACAAUGUGAAUACAGCAACGAACUCAACGUGGCAGGCCGCAAUUCCCGGCCCUAUUUGGUCGACUGAUGGCAGCGACGUAAAUUUCAAACCUCUCUUAGGUGCUUUUGAUCCUGCGCAAGCUCCUCAAGUGUUAUGGGAUCACGACGAUGAAGCGAAUAAUUGUAAAGAAAACGGAUUACCAAAAUGUUUUGAUGCCCGAGAACAUUGGCCAGAAUGUGCUUCAGUGAUUGGGCAUGUGUAUGAUCAAGGAAACUGUGGAAGUUGUUGGGCAAUAGCCCCAGCAUCAGUUGUCAGCGACAGAGUUUGUAUCGAAUCUAAAGGGAAAAUCACUUCAUUGUAUUCUAUUCAACAACUACUCUCUUGUUGCCACGAAUGCAAAGUUAAGAGUGAUAAACUCAAUGGUUGCGAAGGUGGAUGGCCAUCGCCAGCUUGGGCUUACAUUAAAACAACUGGUCUGAGUACCGGUGGUGAUUACGGAUCAAAACAAGGAUGCCAACCAUAUUUAAUAGAACACUGCGAUCACCAUUUAGAUGUUCCGGUGUAUGCAUCAUGCUCAUCUCAACCAGACGUACGAGCUUCUAAAUGCGAAGACCAUUGUAACAAUACUUCUUACAAAAAAUCGUUCAAAGAAGAUCGAAUUAAAGUGGAGAAGUACUACAAAAUAUCACCAUGCGCAGCUCAAAACGAAAUUCAUAAAUAUGGUUCAAUAGCCGCCCUGUUCACCAUCUAUGAAGAUUUCCCUACUUACAAAUCAGGUAUUUAUCAACACAUCACAGGCAAAAAAAUAGGCCUUCACAUAAUUCGAGUGAUCGGCUGGGGAGAAGAAAAAGGAAUACCUUACUGGCUAGCAGUAAAUUCAUGGAAUAAGCACUGGGGAGAAAAAGGAUACGUUAAAAUUCUACGUGGCUCGAACGACGUCCGGUUCGAAGACAAUUUGAGCGCCGGUAGACCCAAAAUGCACUAGAAAAAAAUAAAAUAGAAAUCUUCGCCCGCAGACCCAAAAAUACACUAAAAAAAAAUAAAUGAAUAAAAAUCAUCCGCAAAGAAAUAUUAAACUCUUACAUUUUAAUAUUUAUUCGAGUUUUUCAUUUACGUACAAAAUACUCGAUACAUACGGAAAAAUAAAACAAAUAUUUUUUUACAUAAAAAAAUAUAUAUACAAAUAAUAAUACUAGCACAGUAAUAAAUAGAACAGGAAAAAUGUAAAAUUAUUUAUCCGAGUUAUACAUUUUAAAAUUUUUGUUUAUUUAUAUUUAAACGUAAAUUAAUUUAAAAAUUAGGAAAUUAUUGAGAUAUUAAGUGUGAUAAAAAGCUCCUACAAACGCAAAUAAUAAAAUAAAUACAAAAAGAAAGAAGAAAAAAAAAGAAAAUAAAACACAGUUGGUAAUACAACAAAAUACACGAACAAUUUUACGCGAAUCUCGCUCCUUGUUAUAACGAUAAUAAAUUAAAUUAGUUAUCACCCAAUGUCGCUAGUUUAAAAAGAAAUAAAUAAACAUAUACGUAAAAAAAAAGU